AUGCCACCCAAACGCAAAAAGUCUCUUCUUGACCCCCCAACUGAAUCUUCUAUCCCAGAUGAUAACUUCGACGUCUCAUCAAUUGCAUCCCUUCCCUCUACCGCAUCAGCUACACCCAUCAAGCCCAAAUCCAAAAAACCUAAAGUCGAAAAGACUGAGAAAAGUGAGAAAGUUAAAGCAACAUCCAAAGCUAAAACCUCUGUCAAGGAAAAAGUUCUUGCGAAGGAUAAGGAGGGUAAAGAGUCUAAGGGAAAGGUUGGUGCUAAAGAUGGGAAGGAGGUGAAGGACACGAAGGAGAUUAAAGAAACUAAAGAGGCUAAAUUAAUAGGUAAAGAUGGGAAGGAGAAAGUAAAAGCAGUUACUGGGGAUGAGGCACAGGAGGUUUUGAUGGAGUAUUUGAUUAGGGAGAAUAGACCUUUUAGUGCGGGGGAUGUUAGCGGGAAUUUACAUGGCAAGGUAACCAAAACCCUCACCGAUAAACUUUUAAAAGAACUAAGCAACUCCGGUCUCAUCAAUGGAAAAGGUACAAAUGGUGAUGGAAAAGGUUCUCAAUGGGUAUACUGGGCAUUACAAUCUCCCUCUACUCUUUCACCCGAAGAACUCGCAGCUAUGGAUACUGAAAUCGAGAAUUUACGAGCUAGAAUUCCGGAAUUGAGAAUGGAUGUUAAGAAACUUAAUAUUAAACUUGGGGGAUUGGAAAAAGAAUUAGGAAUUGGGGAGUUGAAGGAGAGGAUUGAGAGAUUGGAGGAGGGGAAGAGAGAGAAGGAGGAGAGAUUGAGAGGAUUGAGGGAGGGAGGAGUGAAAGUGGUGAAGAAGGAGGAGGUGGAGAGGGUAGCGAGAGAAUUGAGUUAUUGGGGACGGAUGAGGGGGAUUAGGAAGAGGGGUUUUUUGAAUGCAGAGGGGGUUUUGUUGGAGGGGAUGGGGAGGGAGGAAAUUUGGGAGAGGGCGGGGAUUGAAGGGGAUGAGGAGGAGGGUUGA